AUGUCUUACAACCACAAUCAAUCUUUUUUCAUGUUAUUAGUUAUCACUUUGUCAAUAACAAGUUUCUAUGUAAUUCAAGCAGAAGCGCGCCAUCUUCUUGAAGUAACUAUUCCCGAGCUUCCUAAGCCUGAAAUGCCACAACUCCCGGAGAUCCCAACUAUACCAAAGCCUGAAUUUCCUGAAAUUCCAAAACCUGAGCUACCAACUCUACCAAAGCCCGAACUUCCAACGUUGCCAAAACUCGAGAUGCCUGUCAUUCCUAAGCCUGAACUGCCAACUUUGCCAAAGCCAGAAAUUCCUCAAGUGCCUAAAAAGCCUUGAGGAAAUAUAUAUGAAAUGCUCUUUGAUUCAUUGAAUUGAAGCAGCAUUCUUGAAAUGUAACACUAUUAUAUAUUGUUUCAUAUGGUCAUGUGAUUUUCUUUGUUGUGCUAGAAAAAUUUCAUUUUGGAAAUGUCAUAUCUUUCAUUAAGCAG